AAUAUUCAGAUACUAAAUGUCAUCCUCUCUCAGGUAUGGCAUCCGGCCCGAACACGUGAUCGUGUACGGCCAGAGUAUUGGCACCGUGCCCUCUGUGGACCUGGCCUCUCGCUACGAGAGCGCCGCCGUCAUCCUCCACUCCCCGCUCACCUCCGGCAUGAGAGUGGCCUUCCCCGACACCAAGAAGACCUACUGCUUCGACGCCUUCCCAAACAUCGACAAGAUCUCCAAGGUGACGUCCCCAGUGCUGGUGAUCCAUGGCACGGAGGACGAAGUCAUCGACUUCUCCCACGGCCUGGCGCUGUACGAGCGCUGUCAGCGCCCCGUGGAGCCGCUGUGGGUGGAGGGCGCCGGACACAACGACGUGGAGCUCUACGGACAAUACCUGGAGAGACUCAAACAGUUUGUUGCACACGAGCUGGUCAACUUGUAGAGAAACUGGAAAGGAGGGCGGCGAGGGAAGAAUAGAUGGAGAAGGGUACAAUGUUUUCUUUGUUGUGAUGCAGGUAGAAGUGGUGUUAGUCUGUGUAAUCUGAAGAGUUGGUGGCAGUCUUCUCUCAUUAUCGAGCGUCUCGCCCACUUGAAGCUCCCUUUUGUCAAAGGGGCAAAGAGCCUUUCAGUACCGUCCACUCCACAUGCUGCAGCUGUGAACUUACAACCCAUCAGUUUUUGUUUUGCUUUAAAAAAUUGUUUUUUUAUGUUGCAAUUUGCACAUCCUGUGUGUGAGAAUGAAAGAAUGCACAGACGAUAUUCUGAGUGUACAUGCAGUAAGAGAGAGUGUCACAUUUUGUUGCUGCCUUUUAAGAAAGACAUGGCCCACUGUUCCUUUAUGGAGGGAUGUUGAGGCCGUAGAACUGGACUAGACUCUCCAACCCAGCCGAGCUCCAUCUGACUCUGGGGUUCGGCCCUCCACUCUGCAGUCACCGUGUAUUUCCUUUUUUGGAUUACUGUUUAUUAUAUUUUUUUAUAUUAUACAUGAUUUUUGCACGUAUCAGCUGUCACUGGUGUACAACACGAACUGACAUUAUCUAGCUGUGUGCCAGUGUUGCCAAAUGUUUAGUAUAAUAUAUAGCAGAGAGUUGGACACACAGAAAUGUGUACAAAAUUCAUCUAGAAACAUCUCAAAAGCUCGGUUAGCUGUAUUCAGUUCGUACUUCUCCGUUAGGUCUUAAUUGGGGGAAUUUAAUGACUUAAAAUCUAAAAAAAUAUGAUGCAGUUCAUGUAUUCGGUUAAAAGAAUCGGGCUGUGUACCAAUGGCGGUUAUUUCCUGCCACUCUGUCCUUUGGAAACAUUGCCACAGUUACUUCUUCAAGGUAAACUCAGAAGCAUUGCUGCUGUAGGUUUAUUACCGCUACGCUGUAGUAGAUACAUGUUUCAGAACAUAAAAUGCUGGACAGAUACAUGUAGAAACUAUCUGACACCUCUUUGGAAAUGACAAUAUUCCCCUUUAUAUAGUAGCUAAUAUGAAACCCAGUGUUGACAGUGUUUCUUCUGUCUUUGGGUGAGAAGAUAAAGUGAAAUAAUGUAUGUAGUUAUUAUUACAGAUCUUAUGUACCUGAAUCAGAUCUUUAAGUUCUCUUUUUUUUUUUUUUUUUUUACAAGAUACGACUAUGUUAACUACUGUGACAGCAGUCUGUGCUCUAUUCAAGAAUUAUACCACUAAUGCCAAUCAUGACUGAAUGGUGCACAUUAUUAACGCAGCUGGUGUAGAUUUAUUGUUACUUCAGGAAGUUGUUAAACAUUAUAAUGUUGCGUUUUAAGUUAUUGAGAAGCUUAAAAUGAACAGACAAUGGGUAAGUGGCUCAGCAUUAAAGGCCUCCAUCAUGGACGGUUUGUUUUUGUCCUGUUGUCUGCAUGGUAGUUCUGGAUCCAUUGUUGUCCAUUCAUUUGCCCUUUAAUGCUGAGCUGCUAAAACAAAGAAUCGGCCGCUGAUGGCUCCUUUGAGACCCUGAAAAGCAAAUGUCAAAGUGCUACUGCAUGCCAAGAAUGGCUAGUUUUUCUUUAUUUUUUUCAGUCUGCGUGACAAACUGAGUUAAUAAGAGCUCUCAAUAACUUGUUUUUAUGGGUAUUUUUUUUUACCUGCAUUACACUAGCCUGGGUCAAAUACUGUUUGUGUUAGACAAUUCAUCAAUGAGCAAAUGGGUGCUACUGUAAACUUCAGGUCUGCUCACUUAUGUUAAAGAGGAAGUCAAAAUGGCUUGAUGUUGAUCUGUUACGAAACUUUUUUUUUCACAACUAAUUUGUCUUAUAAACAAGGUUAUGCUUUUUGUUUGAUUUUAACUUUGUAAAUAAUAUUUGUACUCGUCAUUUUGAUUUCUUUGUCUUUCACAAGCUUUCAUCAUUUCUUUCCGCUGUCAUUAUUCAUUAUUCUUAAUUCUCUAACUCUUUAUGAGACCAAGUUAGGCCAUCCUUUUGGCUUUCAGAAAACCUUUGUACAGGUCACUUUGACUAAAGUCAUCUCUGAUUUGAUUAAUUUUGUAUAUCAUAUUUCAAUACAAAGGAACAUAUAUGUAAUAACAAUAUUAAUAAAGUAAUAACGUGGAUAGAGAAAAUAAAAUGGUAUUUGAGAAGCAACACAA